AUGGACGAUAAAGAUGAAGGUGCAGGAAAGAAAGCAGCAUCCACACCAUUCUUCCCCUCCCUCAAGGAACUUGAACUUUGUCAAUGUCCUCGAUUAAAAGGACGGAGGAGGAAGCCUCUCCAGUUCCCUAAACUUUCCAAACUGCUCAUAGCCCACUGCUUUGUCCUAACCUCAAUGCCUUCGUUCCCAACGCUCGAUAUGGAGCUAGUGCUGAGGUCCUCUGGCAUACAACCGCUACUAGACACGUUGGCCAUGUCGUCUGCAGGACAUAUUAAUGUACCAUCUACUGCUUCUUGUUCAUCAUCAUCGUCAUCAUCUCCCUCUUCUUCAAGUGAAGUGGAAACCCUGCAGUACCCUCUUUCCAAACUGAAGAAGAAAUUGCACAUCAGCGGAAUUGAUCAUCUCCCCAAGGAAUGGCUGCAGGGGAUGCAACACCUCACCUCUUUGCAAGAGAUUAGAAUUGAUAAUUGUUUAGGGCUGGAAGAGACUUUGAAUUGGCACAACAUCUCCCACGUCCCGAAUAUCACAAUUGAUGGGUUCUUAAUUAGCCAAGAUGGGCGGUCUCCGUGGGAUGAGGAUCACUGGAACAACUUCCCGCGGAUACUACAGAUGAUCUCCGAGGAGAAGGCAAAAAAGGAAGGCCAGGCGGAAUCAAGCCGAUGAGCACUUGAUUCGAACUUGGUAC